GUCAUGCGUUAGGCCGCCCACAACAUCUGGGGAAAGCUCCACUGGGCUUCGCAAGUUGAAAGCUUGAAUGAGUCAAGCGUUAUAGGCCCAUCUGGUACGUACGAAAGCUAUGAACUAACCUCAGGACUAGUGUAUCUCUUUGUUCACGUCGCUUGAUUGUUGUCCACUGGUAAUCUGGGGGACCAGCCUUGUUAGCUAAUCAGAGCAUGAGUCGCGUAUAUGGGGUGCUGCGCUUGAUGCAGCCGGCAUCCUCGUACGCAAGGGUGAUCUGGCGUCGCAACUGGUUCAGUAUGAAGAUCCUCGUUGCACAUCUGUUGACAGGGACGUCAUCAAGUUUUGAGACCCCAUGGACACGAAGUAUCUCAAUGCCCCAAGGCAUGAUAAGAAGAGAGUAUGUGCAGCAUUUCCUUCAGAGCCCAGAGACUUCUUGAACAUACACUCCCCUACCGUCUUCCUCCCCCCUGAACAGAAAUGCAC